GUUUUGUUUUGACUCGAACUCGAAUGGCGUGACGGCGCGACCGCCAGUGGUUACACAUGUUUGCGCAAUCGUGCUGAUUGUAUCGUGUCCGUACUUUGGAACUUCCUCCCAGCUUCUACGUUUUGCCUGAAGGGAGUUGUCAGUGGCGCUUGCAAGCCACAUUGGCCGCAGUCAUGGAUGCACUAGAAUGUUCUACGACAGCAUACAGGAAGACAGCACAUGAUAUCAUUGUGACAUCGAAGGAAUUGGUGGACAGUGGAGAAUGUCCAGAUAUGGGCAUAGCUACCUUGGCUUCACUUCUUUGUAAAAUGGGAUUCACCGAUGACUAUGCUGUGUCUGCUGCCAGAAACAGAUGCUCAAUUGAAGGGGCAUUGCGUUAUCUGAAGACUGCAACAUUUGUAAAGUGUGAGAUUUGCACGAGAGAUGUAGAACCCCAUAUGAUGUUGCAUUUAAUUCCAUGUGACCAUGGACUGUGCGAACAUUGCUGUAACAGAUACUUCACCACAAAAAUACGGAAUGAGCCGGUGCUUCACCUGACCUGCUACAAGUGCUCUGUUGAAAUUAACAUUCAGAUGAUGUUUCAAAAGCUUAAACGCAUCCUAAAUCCUUCUGAUCACAACUUGUUGGAGAAGAAACUGUUGGAUUUCUAUCUGCAAGAUGUCGGCAAAUACUGCCCCAAAUGUCAUAUAGGUUUCGAGCAUGACCCAACGCUGCAGCGACCUAUGUGCCCAUCAUGUAAUGCAACCAUUUGUGGAAAGUGUUGGCUUCUGUGGGAAGAUCAGCAUAAAAAUAUUUCUUGUGACGAUUUCAAGAGGUGGAAACAAGAGAAUGCGCCCGAAUUUCAAGAAACCCAUCUAGAACACAUUCUGAGUACAGAAGGCGUCAUUUGUCCGAAAUGCCACCACCGCUAUAGCUUGGCCAGGGGAGGAUGCUUGCAUUUCAUUUGCAUUAAAUGCAAGCAUGAGUUCUGCAUGUGUUGCAGGUCACAGUUUCAUAAAGGCAAGGACUGCAAGGUUGCACCUGAUUGCGUCAACAAGGGUCUUCACGCUCACCACCCAAGGAACUGUUUCUACAAUGUCCGAGAUUACCCUGAAGAUCAGCUGAUCAAGCUUGUCAAGGAAACUGGUCAUGAAGUGGAUGAGACUCCAGCAGAGGCAAAUAGUCAGUGCACAAUCAAAACGACAGAUGAUUCUAUGAGAGAGAUUCCAUGCAAUGGAGAUGUGCACAAGGCAGAUAAGUGCAAAAAGCAUUUCAUGGAAUACUUGGGAGAGAUAAUCAGCAACAAUAACAUUGAUACUGUCCCGCUCAUGAGUGUGAACCAACUUACGUCUGAGUUAGCCAAGAAUGGCAAACAGAUACCUGAGAAACACCCAAGUGAAGAUGAUGACACAUACCUUGAUAGACUGAGAGAGAUUGUAAUGGAGAGCCUCCCAAUCAGGCAGGGAGCUGAGGAGCAUGAGUAAUUGGUGCCUUUCAUGUCACUUCCACUCCACACUAAAAACGAAGUCAAAUAAGUGACCCUUUUGUACCUACCAAUUGCUUUGAAAUAAAAUGUAAUCACUUGAUAUUGAACAGUA